CGGCUCGGCUCGGCUCGGCUCCCGGCCGCACUCUAAAGGUUGGGUUAAAGUCCGGGCAGCGGCACCUCUCUUUCCGUUUGUGGUCUCGUGACUUCCGGUGGGGCUUUAGCGGGGGGUGGUGGUGUGGGGCGCUUGAGGGGGGAGGGGACAGCGCGGGGCAGGCGGGACGAGGGGCCUGAGGCGGCGGCGAGAUGGAGAAGCUGCGCCGGGUGCUGAGCGGGCACGAGGACGAGGAGCAGGGGCUGACCGCGCAGGGAAAAGAAAAGAAAGAAAACACGUUAAAUUCCUUGGAGGGGGGAGCAUAUACAUCUGAGACUGUCCUUGAUGCCUCAACGCUUAGUUUCGGUACUCGAGUGAAAUGGUUUGCCAUAUGUUUUGCAACUGGUAUUUUCUGUUCUAUUCUUGGGACAGCAUUUCUGUGGCUUCCCUCGGGGCUGAAACUUUUUGCAGUGUUCUACACCAUAGGAAAUAUUUCUGCAUUAGCCAGUACGUGUUUCUUGAUGGGGCCUGUGAAGCAGCUGAAAAAAAUGUUUGAGCCAACAAGGUUAAUUGCUACAAUUGUUAUGCUGUUGUGUUUGAUAUGCACUCUGUGUGCUGUAUUCUGGUGGGGUAAGAAAGGUUUGGCCCUGCUAUUCUGCAUACUCCAGUUCUUAGCAAUGACCUGGUAUAGUCUCUCAUAUAUUCCUUUUGCAAGGGAUGCUGUGAUUAAAUGCUUCACGUCCUGCCUGAGUUAGACUAAACAAAAACUAUUCAACAUCUUUUAAAAAAGCCAACUUUAUAUUUUUUGUGAAGUUUGCUCAGAAAAAUUAUCAACUUCCACUCCUGAAACAACACCUGGUGACAGUUUUCGUAUUUUCCGUGCCUUUUGCACGCUGGUGAUUAAAUCAUUUUAGCAGAACCAAGUUUAAAUAUGAGCCAGGUAAGCAGUGUCUGAACCAUUUGGAAACUAGAAUAGGUUUAACACUUUGUGCAAUGUAAUCGUAAAACUGUUUGACUCAGUUUCUGUUAACACAGUUUAAUGACAAUUCAGGAUUCUGGGUAAUAUGAGAACCUUUUAUAUGAAACUUUUACAUAUUAUGUGCUAUUACUAUUUGUUCACUCUAUGCAUUCCUCAAAGAUCAGGAUUUUGUCAUUUUUAUUAUAAAUUUUUUUAGUUAAUUAUAGCUGGUAGGGCUGCUUUGAAAUGUUUGUACGUGGGCAGUAUGGAGGAAAUUUGGUGUGAACAUGAGAGGUCUGGUAAAAGCUUGCUCAGUUUUGUUAUGCUUACAUUUUAAGCACCAGUUUUUUCACUUUGAAACUUAAAAUAUAUUUGAUUAAAAUGGCUUAUGGAUAAUAUAUAAAUCAAUGAUUACAAAAUAAAUGAAUUAUUGUAAGUA